AUGUGGGCGACCUUCUACCUCACACAGCGGGACGGCGAGCCACUGAUCGCAGGCUACAAGCUAGACGGCGAGAACUUCGUUGCGGCGCCAGAAGAGAUGACAACACCUGGCCGAAUCGAGUCCAUCGCCACCAUUGCCAAAGAGCCAAUCAGCGACGUCAUCGCCAGAGGUAGCCGGGUAGCCAUCGCCGCCAUUGCGACUGAUCGCGAGCACUUUUUGGCAAAGUUCACUUCCGUGAGUUGUCGCAUACCACCGCAUUCCUCUUUUGUGUGCGUGCUUACCUGUGAGCUCAAAAACAUCGAGCUGAAGUUUCUGCCGGCCAACACGACAGCAAAGCUGCAACUGCUCAACCAGGGCAUCAUCAAGUGCUUCAAGGUGGGCUACAGGAGGCGACUCCUUGAUAGGCUACUGGUCAACCUCUGCAUGGGCACCGAGCUGAAGGUUUACCUGCUUGAGCAAAACUACAGCCAAAUCGACAAAGAGGCAUUGGCCUUCGUCUUUGGUGUUGAAAAGCUCCACCAGUACCCGCGGCACAGCAGCGUGGAGGUCUGGAGCUCCAUUCGGCUCAUCUCGGAGGGCUACCCAGGUGACUCGCCUGAUGGCCUGCACACGGGGCCGCUGGCUGUGAACUACGCUAUCCAGAUCUUGACCAACAUGUACUGCAACGACCACAUGAAUUACAACGAUGGCACCUGCUGCAGCAGCCCGGAGCCAGUGACCUGGCUGCAGACCAUCACCUUUACAUGUUUCUCAAUAGUUCUGCUACUGAGCCUGGCCCUGGGGGUGCGGCAGCGACUGUGGCCCACAAGUGAGUCGCCAUUGCAGGGUGUGCUGCAGCAGCUGUCGCGGCUAGGCCUCAUCAUGGCCUACUUCUUUGUGUGUGACCGGACUAACUUCUUCAUGCGGGAGAACAAGUACUACACGCACCUCAACUUUUUCCUGCCUGUGGCAUAUGUGUUUGCUCUGGGACUGUUCUUCACCGAGGAGACGCAACAGACACAAGUGCUGCACCGGGACCAGACGGACGAGUGGAAGGGUUGGAUGCAGCUGGUGUUGCUGGUGUACCACAUGACCGGCGCCAGCCAGGUGCUGCCCGUGUAUGUGCAUGUGCGGGCACUCGUGUCGGCCUACCUCUUUCUGGCGGGCUAUGGCCACUUCUCGUACUUCUGGCACCAGGCGGACUUUGGGCUGCUGCGGCUGGCGCGGGUGCUCUUCCGCACCAACCUCCUGGUGGUGCUGUUGUGCCUGUGCAUGAAUCGACCGUACCAGUUCUACUACUUUGUACCUCUCGUCUCAUUCUGGUUCCUUGUGGUGGCGGCCACCCUGGGCAGUCUGCCGCGCAUCUCGGCUGCCUCGGCCGAGGCCAAUCCACUGCACCACCUCUACGUCGUGCUCAAGUUUGUUGGCCUCUUCUCAGUCCUCACCGUGCUGUACAUGUCAGAGGUGAGAGCUUCAAUGGACAAGCCACUAUCAUACCCAUAUGCAGUUGCCAAUUCUCACACACUUGAAAAGGACAUCUAUGUAGUUUGUUCUUUUGCUGUACUUGACACGACUAUACUGUGCCAGUUGUGGAUUGAAUGAAUGGGUGUGGAAAUGAUCAUAGCAUGCGCAUUUUGCACUUCCACCAGCAGAUGCAUGGGAGUGACUGGUAGAUGUAUGCAUAGCACAGUUGGUUUCCAACCUUCGGUUUCAUUUCACGUGCAUGGUGCCAACUGUGUGGGCAAGUACUAGUGCCCAGUUUUCAUAGUUUCACGUCUCUCGCUCAUUCUGGGUAACUGGUUGCACCCAUAAUCUCUGGCUUGUAAAGCUGUGCAUACAUUGAGGGGUGCGCUUAAUAAGCCCUUGAAAGCAUAGCGUUACGUCCAGCCAUGCAGUGUCUGCAUUUGCUUGCGAUGAAUGCUCUCUGAAAGCCUCAUUUUCCGUUCACUUUUUUGUGGUGUGUCGCCAAAGGUUUGGGCUUGUGAUUGUUAGAACCCAGGUUCUUUUCUUGCAUUGGGUAAAAGUUUUUCUUUCUUUUUGCUUUAUUAGGGUCCUUUGGGAAUAUUAAAAUUUUGCAUCAUUUCACGUGCCAAAAGAGCCGUAGUUGUGUUUUAAAAUGCACCAGUGAACGAUGCAUAAAUAGGUGUGGGAGCACAUGUCGCUGAUGACCCUGGCAUUGGCAGCAGUGACGCUGCAGUAAAACAGAGAGAG